UUCAAUGACCUUUCUCCUAUAAGGAACUUUCCUGAACCUAAGGAAGAAGAACAACAACAAGAAGCUACCACCGAGAUUGAUUUCUUCUUCAUCAAAUCAAAUCAAAUCAAAUCCAAUUACCCAUCAUCUCUUCUUCAAUCCACAACAAUGGCAUCAACCCACAACGGAUCAUCAUCAUCAUCAUCUCCAUCACCAAAUUCCCAAUACAUCCAACAAUUUCUAAGCAGUAUCCUCUCUCAACGAGGUCCAUCCGCCGUUCCUUAUUCAGAAGAUGUCAAAUGGUUAAUUCGUCAACACCUAGUUUCAUUAUCCGAAUCAUUCCCUAGUCUCCUUCCCAAAUCUGCUUCUUACACUCACAACGAUGGCCGUGCCGUCAAUCUUCUCCAAGCUGAAGGUACUGUCCCUGUCCCUUUUCAAGGUAUUACUUACAAUAUCCCGAUUGUUUUAUGGUUAAUGGAAUCCUACCCUCGUCAUCCUCCUCUCGUUUAUGUCAACCCAACUCGUGAUAUGGUUAUCAAACGUCCUCAUCCUUUCGUUAAUCCAUCUGGGGUUGUCUCAAUUCCUUAUCUUCAGAAUUGGGUUUAUCCAAGUUCAAAUCUUGUUGAUUUAGUUAGAAAUUUAAGUCAUUUCUUUGGACAAGACCCACCUCUCUAUUCCCAGCGCCGUCCUAAUCAAAACCCAAUUCAAAGCCCUAACCCUAAUAAUUUCUCCCCUUCCCCUGUGCCCACCUCAAACCCGGCAAAUAUAGCACGACCCGCGAUCCCUCCCAGGACAUACCCACAAUCUCCAUACGGUGGAAGUGGUAGGAUCAUGCCGCAAUCGCAAUCGCAAUCGCCUCAGAGGCUGAAUAACGCGGUAACAGAUGACCCGAAUGAGGUUUUUAAGCGUAACGCGAUUAAUAAGCUUGUGGAGAAUCUACAUGGGGAUAUUGCCGCAAUGAGGAAAGCUAGAGAAGCUGAAAUGGAAGGGCUUUUUAGUGCCCAAGCUGUGUUAAGGCAGAGAGAUCAACAGCUGAGUAAAGGUUUGAAAGAGAUGCAAGAUGAGAAAGAAGGGUUGGAACAACAUCUUCAGAUGGUGUUAACGAAUGCUGAUGUUCUUGAAGGAUGGUUGAUGGAAAACGAAGGUAAAAAAGGGGUUAUGAAAGAUGUGAAUGUUGAUGAUGCAUUUGAGAUUUGUGAUCCACUUUCUAAACAGAUGUUGGAAUGUACUGCAUCUGAUUUAGCUAUUGAAGAUGUUGUUUAUUCUCUUGAUAAGGCUGCUCAAGAAGGGUCAAUUCCGUUUGAUCAGUAUUUACGACAGGUGAGGAUACUUUCUCGUGAUCAGUUCUUUCAUCGGGCUACUGCUUCGAAAGUUAGAGCUGUUCAAAUGCAAGCACAAGUUAAUACUAUGGCUUCAAGAGCUUCACAGUAUGCUAAGUAGCCAAAUUCAUCCAUAUGAUUCUGGUAUUUUCUUGAUUGCUUUUCUAUUCAUUGCAGCAGUAUUGUAAGUGUUCUUUAUUUCAUAUGUGAAUGCAAAGAUUUGUCAUUAACUAGUGUUGGAUUAUUGCUUGCUAAUGUCAUAUUAUGUUAAAGACAUGGAUACACAAUAUAUAAGAAUGAUGACAUUCUGGGUAUUGAAGAUGUUGCUUCUGAUCAAAUAUAUGAACUAUGAUUUUUUUUUUUAUUUGUGGUCAGGCAGACUGUUAUAAAGUGAGAAGAAGUUCAUCUUUCAUAUGUAUUGGCCAUGAUGAUAGAUACUUAUGAUUUGGUUUUAUUUGGCAUGGGCUUUUGCUUCUGAU